AUGGAGAAAUGUGAGUUUCACCAAUCUACCAUCUCUUUCCUGGGAUAUGUCAUCUCUCCCGAGGGGGUCACCAUGGACUCUUCUAAGGUGCAAGUCAUGUUGCAAUGGGCACUACCUGUGUCUGUCAAGGAACUACAGUGCUUCCUUGGUUUUGCCAAUUUCUACAGACGUUUCAUCCGAGGUUUCAGCUCAGUGGCUGCUCCACUCACCUCAUUGCUCCAAGGAAAAGCUCUGAAACUAAUCUGGAUACCUUCUGCUCAUCAAGCCUUUGAUGACCUCAAACGACGCUUUACGACUGCACCCAUUCUCUAA